ACAGGCCUGAUCGCCGCCCCAUCGUCACCGUUCAGUCCGGCUUUUCUAGCUCACCUCCCCCAGACAAAGCGGCUCGCCUCGCCUCUCUGUCGGUGACAUCCGCUGACACCCACCGGUCAAACCCCGCCGCCUGGAAGACGCAGAGACGGUGGUUUUUAGCCCGGUUUUAAAGCGUCCCUGGUCCCAAACCUCACAAAGGAUUAACGGCCGUGCGGGAAUUCCGCCAUCCGGUCCGUUUUUAGCACGGAGCUAACCGGACAGACCCCGCCUCCUCUUAAUUUGUCAACAAAGGGGUUUGACAAGCUGAGAGAAGCCCUGCCCCCAUGUUUCCAUAAAAGGAUGAUUUGGCCAUACACGGCCAACAAUCAAGCCGUGGGUAACCUCUUCCCUUCCCCAUCCCGUUCAUAUGGUGCGUUGACUUCCUCCGUCGCCGUUAAAGCGGAGCUAUCAUGGCGGAGCGCGUACAGCAGCCCCCGGCCAAGCGGCUCUGCUGUAGACCGGGAUACAAUGCAACAUGUAGGCAAGGCCAGCGGGCCGCGGGGGCUCCGUGCGGCGGCUCCGGAGCCACCCAGGGUGAGUCGAGCAAGACCCAGAACCCGGAGACGCUGCUGGACAUCGCGGCGAGGAAAGUCGCGGAGAAGUGGCCGUUUCAGCGGGUGGAGGAGCGUUUCGAGCGGAUCCCGGAGCCCGUUCAGAGACGGAUCGUUUACUGGUCUUUCCCGAGGAGCGAGCGGGAGAUCUGCAUGUACUCGUCGUUCAACACCGGCGGGGAGGAGAUCGGAAGUAGCGGGGAGAGCAGUGACGAGACGCGGCUGCCUUUCCGACGGGGCAUCGCUCUGCUGGAGAGCGGCUGCGUGGACAACGUACUGCAAGUCGGGUUUCACCUCAGCGGCACAGUAAGGGAACCCGCCACAUCCUCCGAGCCCGAGCUGGUCUGCAACGUGAGCGUCAGCUUCGACCGCUGCAAAAUCACUGCAGUAACAUGCAGCUGUGGCAACAAGGACAUAUUCUACUGCGCCCACGUCGUGGCGCUCUCGCUGUAUCGGGUACGGAAGCCCGAGCAGGUCAAACUGCGCCUGCCCAUCUCAGAGACGCUAUUCCAAAUGAACAGAGAUCAGCUGCAGAAGUUUGUUCAGUACCUGAUCACGGUGCACCACACAGAGGUGCUGCCGACGGCACAGAAAUUGGCUGAUGAAAUACUGUCGCAGAACUCUGAGAUCAACCAGGUUCACGGAGCUCCAGAUCCGACGGCGGGCGCCAGCGUGGACGAUGAGAACUGCUGGCAUCUGGACGAGGAGCAGGUUCAGGAACAGGUCAAGCUCUUCCUCUCCCAGGGCGGGUACCAUGGCUCGGGGAAACAGCUCAACUUACUGUUCAGCAAGGUGAGAGAGAUGCUGAAGAUGAGGGACUCCAACGGAGCUCGUAUGUUAACGCUGAUCACAGAGCAGUUCAUGGGCGACCCCAGACUGGCGCUGUGGAGGCAACAGGGGACCACCAUGACUGACAAGUACAGGCAGCUGUGGGACGAACUAGGAGCCCUGUGGAUGUGCAUUGUGCUGAACCCCCACUACAAACCCGAGCAGAAGGGCUUCUGGCUUCGACAGCUUCGCAGGUGGAACAGCGUGGACGUCUGCCCCUUGGAGGACGGUAACCAUGGCAGCGAGCUGACCAAUCUGACCAACGCUCUGCCCCAGGGCCCUCCUGGUAACCCAGAUUCCCUCACUCGGCCUCACCGGACGGUGUUCACGCGAGCGAUCGAGGCCUGCGACCUGCACUGGCAGGACCCCCACCUGCAGCACAUCAUCACCGAGGACCACUACACCAACUACUGUUACCAUGACAACCUCGACAGCUCCCUCUUCGACACCCGAGGGUGGCCCCUGUGGCACGAGCACGUCCCGACUGCGUGUGCUCGAGUAGACGCACUGAGAUCACACGGUUACCCCAAGGAAGCACUCAGGCUCGCCAUCGCAAUAGUGAACACGCUGCGGAGGCAACAGCAGAAACAGCUGGAGUUCUUCCGCACUCACAAGAAAGAGCUGCUUCAUAAAGGAAUAACAUCAGUGACCAACCUGGAGGGUUGGGUGGGUCACCCUCUGGACCCCAUCGGCACUCUGUUCACCACCCUGAUGGAGACGGGGCGGGGCAGCGAGGACGGAGCCGCCGCCCUGCUCGACUUCUCAGGCUCACCAGGUUCAGGCAGGAGGACGGAGCACCCUGUGUGCCCGGCGCAGCGUUUCCUGGAGGAGGGAGAGUCGUUUGUGUCGCUGGCCGUGGAGACGGCUCUGAUUGGUUUAGGGCAGCAGAGAGUGAUGCCGGACGGCCUGUACGCUCAGGAGAAGGUGUGCCGCAACGAAGAGCAGCUACUGGCCAAGCUUCAAGAAGUCGAUUUAGACGACACGCUGGUGAAGAUCUUCCGGAAACAAGCCGCUAUCCUGUUAGAGGCUGGUCCUUACAGUGGUCUGGGGGAGUUACUCUACAGAGAGAGCGUCCCCAUGCACACUUUUGCCAAGUAUCUCUUCACCUCCCUGCUACCUCAUGACGCCGAACUGGCGUACAAAAUUGCACUGAGGGCCAUGCGGUUGCCGGUCCUGGAGUCCACGGCCCCCUCCGGUGACUUGCCUCGGCCUCACCAUAUAGUGUCAGUGGUGCCCAACCGCCUCCCCCGCUGGUUCACUCUCAGCCACAUAGAGACCCAACAGUGUGAACUGGCCUCCACCAUGCUCACUGCUGCUAAAGGCGAUGCUCGUAAGCUUGAAACAGUGUUAGAGUCCAUCCAGAAGAACAUCCACUCCUCAUCCCACAUCUUCAAACUGGCCCAGGAUGCCUUCAAAAUUGCCACUCUCAUGGACAGCCUGCCAGACAUCACGCUGCUCAAAGUCUCCCUGGAGCUGGGUCUUCAGGUGAUGAGAAUGACACUGUCUACCUUGAACUGGCGGAGGAGAGAGAUGGUGCGAUGGCUGGUGACUUGUGCUACUGAGGCUGGUGUGUUUGCGCUGGACAGCAUCAUGCAGAGCUGGUUCACCCUCUUCACCCCCACUGAAGCCACCAGCGUCGUGGCGAGCACCGUCAUGUCCAACAGCACCAUCGUCCGCCUGCACUUGGACUGCCAUCAGCAGGAGAACCUGGCCAACUCUGCCCGCACCCUGGCCCUGCAGUGUGCCAUGAAGGACCCCCAAAACUGUGCCCUCUCAGCUCUGACUCUCUGUGAGAAGGACCACAUUGCCUUCGAGACAGCCUAUCAGAUUGUACUGGACGCGGCUGCCACGGGAAUGAACUACACACAGCUGUUUACAAUAGCACGCUACAUGGAGCAUCGCGGCUAUCCUAUGAGGGCGUACAAACUAGCAACAUUAGCCAUGACUCACCUGAACCUCAGCUACAACCAAGACACACACCCGGCCAUCAACGACGUGCUCUGGGCGUGUGCGCUCAGCCACUCGCUGGGGAAAAACGAACUGGCAUCCGUCAUCCCCCUGGUGGUGAAGAGCGUGAAGUGCGCCACCGUCUUGUCAGACAUUUUGCGGCGGUGCACGCUGACGACGCCGGGCAUGGUGGCGCUGCACAGUCGCAGGAACUCUGGGAAGCUGAUGCCUCUGGACAAGGCUCCACUCAGGCAGCUGCUGGACGCCACGAUCGGGGCCUACAUCAACACGACGCACUCUCGGCUGACGCACAUCAGCCCACGCCACUACAGCGAGUUCAUCGAGUUCCUCAGCAAAGCCAGAGAGACGUUCCUCAUGGCGCACGACGGACACAUCCAGUUCACGCAGUUCAUAGACAACCUGAAACAGAUUUACAAGGGCAAGAAGAAACUCAUGAUGCUUGUUCGAGAGAGAUUUGGUUGAAAUGACCAAAUCAACUUUUUUUUUUUUUUUUUUUUUU